CCAUGACAGACCCAAUGGAACGAAGAGAGAGGGAAGACGAGCAAAAGUUAGCAUGAAAGUUGAGAAUGAAGAGGGAGAAGAAGAGGAGGAGAGAGGAAGUGAAUAAGAUGACCGCCGCAGUGGCAAAGGUGCAGGAGUGUAGAGCGGAGGUGCUGGCCCAGCCAGAUGAUAAGACCAAGUGGGACAAAGUACUGGUCUAUCUAGAGGUGUUGAGCAAAGCCUGGAUGGAGGAGCGUCAGGCAAGCUGGAGCCAGGAUGUAGCAUUGGGCGCCAUGCGGUCCGGGUUCAGGGAUUUUGCCCGCGAAAUCGUCACCCAUAUUGGGGGCGAAGUCAAGCAAUUGAGAGACAACGUAGAGAAGUUUUGUGAGGGCGCCAUUCAAGGUGCCAAAGCUGCAGCCGCUGUAGAAGGAGAGGGCAGACCCCGUAAGGACCCAGUGAAACUUAAGUUCCCAUACGCGUACGGGGGAAAGAAGGACGAGAACUUUGACAACUGGGAGGCCAGUAUCAAUGGUUACAUUUACUUACAACAUAUUCUGAUAGAGGAGCAAGUCCUCGUGGCCUUCCAGGCCCUGAAGGACGAAGCGGCUAGCUUCGCCAGGUCUCUCACGCGUACAGCCGGUUGUGAAAACAACCUGGUUGCAUAUUCCAAAGUCACUCCUCUUUCCCAAUUCCUCAAGCUCCUCAAGGAGCGGUUCACUGACCCAAAGCGAGGCAUUAAAGCCUCUGAUAAGCUCCAAACGAUCCACUCCCGGCAGUGGAGGAGUGCUAAGGCACUCAAGGGUACUAUGGACGACUUGGUAGCCGUCCCGGACUACGGGGUCACUGAGCCCCAACUGGUCCAGUUGUUUUAUCAUGCCAUUCCAGAGGCCCUACGCGGGCAUUUCUUUGACAAAUCUCAGCAGGCCGGCAUGACUUACGAUGUAUUGAGUAGAGAAGUCGUCCUGUAUGAGUCGAAGUCUAUGUCAGUUACCACUUUCUGGCAUAAGGACCUGGAGAAGGGGAAGAAGUGGAAAGAUCGUACCAUCUCGGGCCAAGUCAAGGCCAAAGAUCACUUGAUCCUGACAUUAGAGGAGGGUGGUACAGAAGAGGUCCCAUAUGAUCAGAUUGAGUGGGGCCUAGGGGAGGAGCAAAGUUGUGUAGGGCAGGGGAGGUCUUACGCUGCUGUCGCGGCCGGAGGGAGGCCGCAAGGUAGAGGAGGAGGCCAGGGCCAAAGGGGCCAGGCCAUGGGAGGCCGAGGACCGGGUGCACAGGGGGUUGGCGGACAGGGAAACCGCCAAGCGGGAGGUGUGGCAAAAGAGUUAAAGGAGAGAAUGCCAGCCUGGGCCAAAAUGAAGAAGGAGAGUAAAGGACAGCUGAUUUUGGUAGAUGUAGAGGUGUUUAGGAGUAGGGUAGGGACCCUUAUAGAUUCAGGAGCUACCCGUAGUUACAUUAGCCGUAGGGCGCUGAAGAAGCUAAGGCUAGGACUAAAAGUCCAAAAGCUAGUAGACCCCAUAGUCAGUGUCCUYCCAGACAACCGCACGAUGCGCGUUGAGGACUAUGUAGAGGGAGUCCAGGCAUAUUUUCGCCUAGAGAAGGAUGGGAAGGUGGAGAAAAUUCUCCAUUCCUUGACUCUCCUCAUGCAGGAUGACCUUCCUUUCGAUAUAGUGUUAGGAAUGGAUUGGGGAGAGGCAGCAGGGGCUACACUUCAUUUGAGAGAGCAUGAGUGUAGGCUCCCUAGUCCGUCAGGCGAGGUUGAGACUGCCCGCUUGUUCCAUGUGUCUGGUGUAGAUAACACCUUGGCACAUUGUUGUCUCAGUGCUCCCUCGUUCGCGCGAUUAGUAAAGAAGGAGCAGUUAGAAGACCAGGUCUUUGUAGUUUAUGUUAGACCUGUCACUGAGGCCCAGGAAAAGGAUAGUUCCACAGAUCCAAUAAUUGCCAAGCUGCUGGAAGAAUACAAAGACUUGACUGAGUCGCCGACAGGAGUAGUGUCGCGACCCAUCCAGCAUAGGAUAGAGAUAGAGCCUGACAGCAGAACUCCUAAGGGUGCAGUCUACAGGAUGUCCCCUAGAGAGUUAGAGGAGCUUCGCAAGCAGUUAGACGAACUCCUUGAGAAAGGUUGGAUCAGGCCCAGUUCGUCUCCUUUUGGAGCACCUGUUUUGUUUGUCCCCAAGAAGGAAGGAGAGCUGAGAAUGUGUAUAGACUAUAGUGGUUUGAAUGCGAUCACCGUGAAGAAUGCUGAGUCGCUGCCCAGGAUAGACGAUCUUUUAGAUCGGGUGCAGGGUUGUAAGUAUUUCUCUAAGAUAGACUUAAAGUCCGAAUACCAUCAGAUAGAAGUCCAUCCUGAUGAUCAGUACAAGACUGCAUUCCGGACUAGAUAUGUGCAAUAUGAGUUUAUAGUGAUGCCCUUUGGACUGACCAACGCGCCAGCUACUUUUCAGCGUUGCAUGAAUGACCUGUUUAAACUGUGGUUAGAUAAAUUUGUGGUAGUCUACUUAGAUAAUAUCCUAGUCUUUAGUAAGACCCUCCAGGAGCACCAGGGUCAUCUGAGGCAGGUCUUGGAGAAGCUUAGAGUGGCUAACUUCAAGAUCAAUAUGAAGAAGUGCGAGUGGGCCAAGACGCAAGUCUUGUACUUGGGCCACGUGCUGGACGGAGAUGGCUUUAAGCCAGAGGACAGCAAGAUAGCGGCGAUUAGAGAUUGACCGACGCCCCGCACGUUGACAGAGU